AUGAAAACAAAAUACUGUCAUGAUACUGAUUACAGGGAUAGUAAACUUGACUAUGCCAAAGCAAAAUACCGUCAUGACGUUGUUUACAGGGUGAGUAAACUUAAAAAUCUUUAUGAUGCAUAUCACAAAAAUGUUGAUGCUCGUAUGGUUAAAUGUGAACGCUCAAAACGUGUGUACUCAAGUAAUAUGCAGUUUAAGAAACUUGUUUGCAAAUAUUCACACGUGAAAUUCAAGAGCAAUAUGGGUUUUCAGACACGUGUGCGUGAGUAUUCCAAGAAGAAAUACCUUCAAAACCUGGCCUUUAAGGAAAGGGUACAUGAGUAUUCCAGAAAGAAAUACCUUCAAACAAAGAAAGAACAAAAACUAAUUGAUUCUAGUAUUGCUCAUUUUUGCCAGGAAGUAAGUAGAGGUCCAGAGUUUGUGUGCUCUGUCUGUCACCGUUUACUUUUCAGAAAGCAAGUAAAAGAAUGCAAAAUUGAAUGCUAUGAAAAGAAAGGAGAACAAAUUGCUGCUUUGGCCAGAAGAUGCAUCACACUGAGGUAUGUUCAUGUUUGUGAUGAGAGAUGUUCUGGUAAUUCUAAUGUUUCUUCUGCAGAGUGCAAACUGUGGAUCUGUCCAACAUGUCAUCGAAAAAUCCUGUAUGGACAAUUGCCUGCGGAAAGUGUUGCUAACAACAUGCAUUUGGUGGAUAUUCCAUAUCAGCUGAAAUGUCUUAAUUCAUUAGAACAACAUCUAGUUGCUCGUAACAUUCCUUUUUUGAAAUUGCUUUGUCUCCCCCGCGGAAAACAACAGGGUUGUCAUGGGCCAGUUGUCUGUGUGCCUGUAAAUGCCUCUGACAUCUGUAAUAUUCUUCCACGAAAUGAAUAUGAUGACAUGAUGGUAAGGAUCAAACUGAAGCGCAAGUUAACAUUAUAA